UGUGAGCGCAUUCGAACGCGAUUAUAUGCUAAAUGGCGGAUCACGCAAAUCAGGAUACGGUUGCUGACAAUGUCAGCGAUAUUUCAAACUUCUCCGAUUCCGAUUCCGAAGCAAAAAAAGUCGUCGAAGUGGUUGAGGAAGCUGUGGAAGAAAGUGACAAACCGGCAUACACCGAAGAGGAUUUGACUACCUUGGUGGAAUUCAUUCGUAACAUGAUUUUUCUGUUUGACUAUGACAAAGAUGACUUCGGUGAUGAUGUUGCGGCGGUUAUAAAACAGUGGCUGAUUGAUGUCAAGAAUCCGAUGAUGUUCAUAUUCUACGAUGGAGAUAUUCUCUCGGCGUCCCUGGCUUUUCCAUUGUGCCCUUUCAACGAUCUUAUGUAUUUUAUGAGAGAACCGGAUCAAUUAUUCAACGUAAUUGAUCGAUUUCAUGAUGAUAUUAUUUUCGGUACAUUGCAUAGUGAUAUCGAAGGAUCAUUACUAGUAAUAUUAGAGCAAGUAUAUGGUCCACUUGUGCUCGCCAAUACUGAAUGGUCCGAAGAUGUAAAAGCACAAAUCUUAUCGGGAUAUAAUUCCUUUAUGACGUACUUAACCGAACUUCAUUAUAAACUGUCCGGGUUUACACUACUUUACGUACCACGCGAAGGACAUGAUAUGCAAGCUCAAGAGGUUGCCAUCAACCGAUCGAUGAUAAAACGUUUAGAGGCAGUUGCUAUCGAUUGGACCAGUCAAAUACGAUCGACCCUUAGCGAUACACAACAUUUCGUCCCUGAUGAUUUGAUUCGUCCAUCGGAUGAAUAUAAUUUUUGGCUAUAUCGACAUGAAGUACUUUGCGCUAUAAAAUCUCAAUUUGAGGGGGAAAACAUUCAACAUAUUUUAAAAAUCCUUGAAUUAGCUCAAUCGUUGUAUACUAAACCGUUAAGAGAGGUGUUAAGAGAUCUGAUCAAGGAAAUUGAGAUUGCUGAAUCAAACAUUCCUUUUUUGAAGUUAAUGGUAGAUCCGUGUUUUGCCAUCCGUACUUUAGAUAGUGAAGAUGAUCUUUGCUCUCAACUCAUUUAUGUGAUGCAUAUUAUCCGUUUCAUUGGCUCUGAUUCACGUCAUCUAAACAAGGAUGAGUGCAUUACGAAAUUAUUUCUCUAUCUCAGUAAUGAAAUCGUUUCGUGUUGUAUGCAAUGUAUUGAUGUUGAUAAAAUAUUAACUGGUUCGCCAAACUACGGUAUCGAAAUAUGCAACAUGAAGAUCAAUUGCUGUGAAUCCUACAAAAUCAUCUACGAAGAGAUGCUAGAGCAAUUCAAACAUGAGUUUAUCUGGAAUCUGGAUUACGCUGCAAUUUUCAACAAAAUCAAUGCAUUCAUUCAACGACUGUGUGACAUUUUGGAAAUUUGUGAAGCAAUGCUUGUAUUUGGAAAACAAAGCGACAGUAGUUCCUACAAAAACUACCGAUUUCCGUGCAACAAUGCUGAGGAGUACGAAAAGAAAUGUGAUCAGGUGGAGCUAAUUUUCACGGCGGGAAUAGAAAUCGUUCAGUCCACUUCUGGCUCAAUUCUUGAUAUUAACGAUAAGGGAUGGUAUAAAUACAUAGCAGAUUUCAGAGGAAUGUUAAGAACACUGGAUGACAUAAUAGAAAAUUUGCUCUCCAACGUAUUUUUGGUUGCCGAAAAUUUAGAAGAAAAAAUCGACGUGCUCAUAACUCUUCUUAAUUUUUACAACCGAGAAAGCAUUAAGGAGAGUUUCAUGAGAAAAAUCGCGGAAAUUUGGUCCAUUUUUCAUACGGAGCUUACAGCUCUCUCGAAGGAAGUUUCAUCUGGUAUUACAAGUUACUCAUCGCUGCUUCCGCAAAACGUUGGCCAGUACACUAUGUUGAAGAUCAAAUUUGAGCGUAUCUAUAGACUGAAAGAGUUGCUGGAACGGUGUAGAUUUUUUCCACAGUACUUGGAGAGUGAAGAAACCCUAUCGUUGUUUGAGUCUUGCGAAAAACAAGUGAAGAGUGCCUUGAAAGGUUUCAAUGACGUUUGGAUAAAAUCCAUCAGUACUGAUUUUGGGACAUGGCUGAAUAGAAAUCUUGUUUGCCGAAGUCAAAUGCGUCCAGGAUUGCUGGAAUGUCACAUCGAAAGACGCAUGCUAUUAACAAUAGACGAAGCACAUUUCUUCAAGGUGCUAGGGGCGGUGAUUCCCAGCGUAGUAGACAUUGAGAAAAAUGAUAGUGUCAAGCAAACCUUUGAUAACGUGAUACGGAUUGUCCUAUAUUUCAAUAAUGUCGUAUCGUCAGUUUCCGAGAAAGAGCGCCUUUUCUUCAAGCAUAUGAUCCAGCAAACCGAACGAAAAUUGGAACCACUGAAAAGCAAGCUGACAUGGGAUGAAGAUUUAGGAGAAUUUAUUGAUACAUUUGUCACCAACGUAAAAGAACUGCUGGACGUAAUUCAAGUUUACAAGCAAGAAAAUAUAAAAAUAGCCCACUGGAUGGAAAGCAUUUACAGUCUCUUUCUGUUUCAACUAAACAAAAUGCCUGCUCAAGGGUUAAGAGAUCUGCAGAAUAACAUAAGCGAGCAGAAGAAAAAGUCGAUUCUAGAGCUUGUUCGCCUGUUAUCAGAGAUCAGUAAAAAUAUUUUUUGUAUUUUUGAACGCUUGGGAUCAAACGUGCGAAGAAUGGAGGAAAGCUGGGGACAGUAUGUGCAAAAGAUCGAUUGCUUACUAAAGGCAUCAAUUUUCAAUUCGUCACUUGAAACAUUGAGGCACAUUCAAAAAGCACUAGUUGAUACCCCUUUCCCAAUAUUGAGCGUCGAAAUUGUACUUGAUCGAAAAGGCAUUACAUACUUGCCAACAUUGGAAUCGAUCGAAGCAGCUAUAAAGAGGUUACCAAUGGAAGUUACAUCGAUUUUAAAACUAAUCCCUAGUAUGUGUCAAAAGUUCCAGAUCGAUUCUGAAGAAAACUUUCAAGCGGAUUUUUUGCGAAAUGCAGCCUACCUAGAGCUGGAGAAUGGUAUCUGUCAAGCAAUUCAUUCUACAAUACAGGAUCUUUGUAAAUUUAAGGAAAAAUGGAGCGUUUUUCGUCCAUUCUGGAGUGUCAAUCGGUCAGAGUUCAUUGGGAAAUUCAAACUGUCCACUAUGACCUCCGAAGCAUUCCACAAAAACAUUGAGAAGUUUGAAGAACUGUUGAAUCAGCUUUCGACCCAGAAUGAUAUCACAGUUUGUAAAUGCAUUGAAAUUAACGCUUCAAAACUAAAAUUUUAUAUCACCCAUCACAUUAACGAUUGGCAGAUUAAGUAUAUAGAGUAUCUGAAAUGCAUAUCGUAUGGACACAUUAUUAAUUUCAACAACACCUUGAAUAAAAACAUGGAAGCCUUAAGUGAUGAACCAAAAGAAGUUGAAGAUCUUAAGCAGCUCGAAGCUACAUUUAAAAAAUGCUAUGAUGCAAUUCCUCAUAUGGUAGAGGAGAUUCAAAUCAUUGUUGAAUAUUUUAAUGUAUUAGAGAAAUACGUAUCGGAUGUAUUGCCCGAAGCAUCUAAUCUUCGUCAAAAUAUACAUCACAUUUGGCAACGUUACAUGGAUUACAUCAAUUAUAUCAAGGAGCAAAUUGAAAACUAUCAAAAUCAGUUCAAAUUGUCAAUGACCGAUGAAAUCGCAACCCUUAAAGUGAACGCACUAGAAAUGUUGAAAAUGCUUGAUAUCGAAAUGCCUACAACCGACGAUAUAUUGCCUGAAGACGCAUUUCUAAUGAUAGAUAAAUUAAUGGGUCAAUUGGAAGAGCUGGAAGCCCAAGAAAAUAUUAUCAAAGAAAAAAUGCUUCUUCUAGGCCUUGAGUACCACCCUUUAGACGUGAGUUGGUGUAAAACUUUAUUAUUUAAUAAUGAACAGAAAAGUAGUUUGCUAAAUGAAAUAUUCAAAAUGACCGCCAGAUCUGAAAAUCCAAAUCUAGAUCACUUCAAUGAUACUUUUAGGCUGUGCCAAAACGAUUGGUCCAUUAUGAUUCAGCUGAUUGCUAGUGCAAUACUACGAGACGAAAUCUGUCCAAAAGGUCUCGCGUUCUUACAAGAAGUUGAAAUGCACAGAAAACGUUUUGAAGAUCUUUUUCAAAGUUUAAACGAAAUCAUGCAAAGUAAAAGAAAAAGCUGCGUUCGUCUGUAUUUGAUCUCUGAUCACUUACUAAUCAAACUAAUUGCCCAUCCUUUUAAUGUCGAGUUUGUGAAUCAAGCAAUUCAACAAAUGUUUGAGAACAUAAGCAGUGUAUGUAUGAGACGACACGAUUUGCCACUCCGAUAUUAUCAUUGGGAAGUAUCCGGAGUUUACACAAAAGAUAACGAGAGUAUCAAAUUUCUUAAACCAUUAGUGUUGGAUAAUUUGGCAAGUAUCGAGCAGAUAAUAAACGAAAUUGAACAAUGCAUUCGAGAAUUCUUAAAAAAUGCGUUACGCGGUUGCUUGCUGCAGUUGAAACGAAACUAUUUCAACCGCGUUGAGUGUGGAUGGCUGAACACGUGGAUUCACCAGGUGUGCCUCAAAAGCACUAGUAUAGAGAAUACACUCCACAUCCGAAAUGCACUGGUACAAGCAAAUCUGCUCGGUAAAAUCAAACCACUGAAGAUGCUACGGACGAUGCACAAUAAACUACUAAAUGAAUUAACAACUGCUUCUAAGAAUUUGUCAAACACUGAUGAAUCUGCCUGGUUGAGAAAAAAGAUAGAUGACAUGGUAAUAAUGGAAAUUAAUGCCCGAGACGUGAUAAACCAUUUGGUGCUUCAGAAGGUGACGGGAUUAAAGAACUUUGAAUGGCUCUCUCAAGUUCGCACCUACUGGAACGAUCAAACCGGUGCAUGUUCUACCGCCCACCUUAAUAGCAUUAUGCAUUACGGGUAUGAGUGUAAACCAUCAAGUCAACCUAUAUUCAUGAAUCCACAUACGGAUCGAAUCAUCAUGGCAAUAACUAGUGCAAUGAAAUGCAAAUUUGUCCCUUACCUCAUUGGCGAAGACGAAAACAAUAAUGUAAAUUUACUUAGAGGACUAUCGACGGAGCUGGCUGUAUUGUUUGCUACACUGUUUUGUAACAACAGUUGGAAAACGGAACCGAUACUUCGCUACAUCACUGGAAUCGUUGAAUUAAGAGCUUGGAUUUGCUUUAGUUGCAUUGAAAAAUUACCAUCACAAAUUCUUACGACGAUCAACGAGCCAUCGCCAUAUCAAGAAUCGAAAGUAAAAGAAAUACUAAUAAAACUAUCGCAAAACCGUCCAAUAAUCGUGACUGGUGAAUCUGUCAGUGGUAAAUCCUGUUUAUUAAAAGCAGCGCUGUUGAUGCUCCGCAACAAUGAUCAGCAGCUCCAACGAUAUCAUAUUAAUCCAGAAACGUUGAAAUUACCGAUCGACAUUGAAACAUUGAAUAGAUCACAGUUGGACGAAAUUUUGACAUCAAUUUUAAGCUCAAGGAAGCAUACACGAAAGUGUAUCGUAUUCGAUUGCGCUGAGCUUAACGAUUGCUGGGUGAAAAGUAUAGAUUGUGUGCAGGAUCAGUUUAUCAGAAACGAUUUAACCCAUGUACCAUGCGAAGGUAUAGACCUAAAAAUUGUCAUCGAGAUUGUCGAUCUGGGAAAUGCAGCACCGACAACGGUGUCAAAUUUCGAAAUUGUGCAUAUAGAUGGAAAACAAUUGUCAUGGAAACAUAGUUUCACUACGUGGUUAUGCCAUGCCCCAUCUCUGCCAGAUGAUGUUAAAACCGAGCUGGAAGAAUUAGGAAAUACAUAUUUAGAACUGUUUUUCGGUUUAACAAGAACCAGUAGCAGCUUUUUGCCUAAAACCGCGGAAUUAAAUGUAUUGCAAACCUUUUGCCACCUGUACCAAUCGAUUUUUCAAAAUUGGAAAACGAAUAAAUUGCUAGUGGAGGAAACUAACACAAAAGAAGCACUUAAAAAGUUGUUCUUCUUCUGUUGCAUUUGGUCCAUUGGAGCAUCGUUGAAUGAAAAUGAUCGUGAAAAGCUCGAUGUUUUAAUGCGCGAACAGAUCUCCGAUAGUGCCUCAAGCUUCCCACUUAAAGGUAAUGUGUUUCAAUAUGUUGUUGAAGUCUCCGAAAAUUCCUCCGGCUGGGUUUUAUGGAACACGCAACAUCUUGGGCAUGGUUGCAGUGAAGUUAGUUUUGGAGAUUAUAUCAAUACAAUAGAAAAUAUUCCAUAUCAGUACAUUACAGCACUAAUGAUGAAGGGCUCAAAACCACUAUUGAUGACUAGUGAAUUGACGGUUGGAAAAAGUGCACUGAUUAAACAUUUGGUAACGUUCAGGCAAACCGAGAGCCAAUCAAAUUGCUUCACCAACCUGAGCAGAAUGACUACUUCCAUCUGUCUACAAAGAAUCAUUUCCCGGCACUCGACGAACGUAGCUAAAGGGAUUGUAUAUCCUAAGGAUCGAAAAGAGAUGACGUGGAUUUUGGAUGAUCUUCAUACAGUUCUGGACAAUAAGAUUGACUCGAUGGAAUUUCUUAGGACACUGAUUGAACACAAAUUUUGGUACAAUGAUCAAUGUCCACAACAUCUGAAAAAAACAUACCUCGUUGCAGCGAUGAAAAGCAUGUUGCCUGUGCGUCAGUUUUCCUCUUCUUCUAGGAGACUACUCAACAAAUUCAAUCUUAUCUACCAUGCAUCGUACAAUGAAGAAACUGUAGCAUUUAUAUUUACUCAAAAGAUAAAAAUCAUGAUGCUCUCUGACAACUCAAACAGACUUCUAGAUCUGUUGGCGCCAGCUACUGUUGAUUUAGUGCGAUGUCUAGCUGCACGUAUGCCACCCACCCCUAGCAAUCCACGAUACCAGUUCUCUAUGAAGACCGUUGGAAGAAUUCUCAACUCAUUUUGUAUGCUAAGCACCAACGCUAAUCUUACUGAUAAGACCUCAUUGCUAAGAUUUUGGAUUCACGAGUGCUACCGCGAAACUCAUGAUUUACUACGAAAAGCAGAUUACAAGAAGUUCUACGAAAUAUUCAAUGACACUAUUUCCAAUAAUUUCGAGGCUACAUUGCAUGGUCUAUGUCCCGGAAAUCGCAGUCCAGUGUUUUGUAAUAUGAAAAUGCCUGAUCCAAACUACGAAGAUGUAAAAGAAAUUGAUCAAUUAAUACAUUUGACAGAAACAGCUAUACAGAAUGUAAUGCCGGACACAGCUCUAAUUGUCUAUCAAGAAGCCGUAGAGCACGCUGCCAAGUUACUUAGAAUUCUUUGUAUCGAAAAUGGGCAUUUGAUUUUAUUGGGAGAAGCUGGUAGCGGUCGCAGCACCGUUUGUCAGAUCGUCACAUCGUUAUUCAAUUAUCAAAAAGCUGAUCUAUUAGAAAAUAUGUCAUUGCACCAUUUGCAUAUCAAAUCUACUGACACUGAGGAAAUUGUGGAUAGAAAAUUUGAAAAACUGUUCGAACGAUGUAGGACUAGUCAUGUUCUGUGUCUGGUACAAGCUGAUCAAAAGAAAACAACAAAUCAACUGAUGUUAGAAAUUGUGAACAGUAUCAUUUUAAAUGGAACAAUCGAUGGGGUGUACCCAUGUUCCAACGUACUGCAAGGCAUUGGUGGAAAACCAAUAUGGCCGAAAAUCAAGUCCAAACUUCAUUUUGUUCUUUGCGCUCCAGAGAAUCGAGAAGAGUAUCGCUUCUUGAACAAUGCCUAUCCAUCCUUAUGUACAAACAUAACGUCGAUCUGUAUACAUCCAUUGAAUAAUGAAAGCUUGGCUGAGAUAGCUAAAAAAUUUCUGCAGAAAAACGUCGUAUUCGAUGUUCCGAUACUCGGAGAAGAGUUUAUCAAAAGCAAGACUCAACGAAGAAGAGACAGUUUAGUUCAGAGUACCGAAGAACGAAUGCUUCUAGCAACGACAGAUGCUAUGCCAAGAAUCCAUUCAGCAACAAAACAAGACUUAGCUAGUUUGCCGGCCCCCACAAUUGUGCUCUGCAGCUGGUAUUUUGAGCUGCUUUUCACAUUCAAGAGGGUUCUAUACUUUAAAAGGUCAAAAUUAAGUAAUGAGUACAAAAAAUUCCACACUGGCAUAUCACAAAUAAUAGAAGCAACUCAUAAUGUGACCCUGCUGCAGGAACAGCUAGAGAAACAACAGGAGCAAAUAGAAGCGUAUCAACUUGAGUUGGAGGAGUUCAUUGAGAACAUUAAACUACAAACAAUAGAAGCCGAUGAACAGAGCCAGGAAGUAGCAAUUCAGCGCGAAAAAAUAGGUUGCGAGGAAAUUAUCUGCAAACAGUUGGCAGCAGUGGCUGAGGCAGAUUUAGAAAAAGCGAUGCCAGCUUUGAACAGCGCAGUUGAGGCACUGAAUUCUCUCAACAAAAAAGACAUGAAUGAAAUUAAAUCAUAUGCUCGACCCCCAGUCAAAGUGGAACUAGUACUUAACGCGGUUAUGAUUUUGCUUGCAAAAGAACCGACAUGGGCUGAAGCCAAACGGCAGUUGGGUGAUCAAAAGUUUCUGGACACUCUAAGAAAUUUCGAUAGAAAUCAUAUCACUGAUAAAACAUUAAAAAUAAUUGGAGGAUUCGUUCGUAAUCCAGAUCUUGAACCGAAUAAAGUAGGUAUUGUAUCAAAAGCCGCUAAAUCUUUAAUGAUGUGGGUGAGAGCGAUUGAGAACUAUGGAAAGGUCUAUAAAUACGUCGGACCAAAAAUCAAAAAAAUGGAGGAUGCUCAGGCAUCACUUCUCGAGAAACAGAACGCUCUGAAGAGAGCAGAACAAAAAUUGGCGGAACUUGCAGCACAACUCGCCGCCCUUCACCUUGAGUAUGAAACUAAAAUGAAAUGCAAGGAAGAGCUCGAAGAAGCUGCUAGACAAAUGGCCUUGAAACUGGCAAGAUCCAAAGCACUAGUAGAAGGAUUGGCAAGUGAAAAAAUAAGAUGGACAAACUCUGCCAAAAGUCUAGAACAUGAAUAUUCGUGUCUAGUGGGAGAUACACUGCUAUCUGCAGGGUCACUUGUAUACUUUGGAUCUUUACCGCUCACUUUGCGAGAAACUCUGAGGACUCAAUGGAAAAUAGAUCUAGAAGCUCUGGAAAUAUUAUUCAAAGAGAAUUUCGUCUUGUUCAACCAUCUCUAUCACUCAGACGUUUUGGAAGUUUGGCAAAGCUGUGGAUUAGCCGUCGAUGAUCUGUCUGUUGAAAAUGCAACCAUCUUGUUGAAUACGAUGCGUUUCCCGUUGGCAAUCGACCCUCAGAACGAGAUUCAUCGCUGGAUAAUGAACCUAUACAAUGCAAAGGGUAUUCUCCAGCGUAACUUUGAUGAGGAUAUUCCAGAAGCUCUAAUUGCUACUACAGUUCACGAUCGCAUUCCUCUGCUAAUCUAUAAUUUUCAAAACCAAAGUAUGAACAAUCUUAAUGAGUUGCAAAAAGUAUAUUCAUUGGUACAGCAACAUGCUCGCGAUGAUAAUAUUCAAACAAAAAACAAAGAUCAUAGGACUAAUGAAGUUGAGCCAGAACCGCUUCUCUUUCUGACCAGCAAUGAUAGCAUAGCGUUGGAUGCUUGUUCGAGUAAAAUUAUUAAUACAGUGAAUUUUGUGUUUGGAUUAGAUGGAUUAGAAACUAAACUAUUAGCAUUCGUCGUUGAAUAUGAAAAUCCAUCCCUAGAAGAACGUAAGGAAUUACUAAUGCGUACAAUUUCGGACAGCAAAAAAACUUUGAUUAGCCUGGAAGAAAAUAUUCUUCGCAUUUUAAAUGAAAGCGAUGUGCCACUUUUAGAAAACGAAGAACUCUACGAUACACUGCAAGUAUCGAAACAAACUGCAACAGAGCUGAAGGACGGCUUAGAACACGCUGAACAAGCCAGACACGAUAUCGACAGCUCACGUGAAAUAUACAAACCAUGCGCAAAGAGAGCGGCUUUACUGUUUUUCGUACUUGAUGCGAUGAAACGAUUUAACUCCUUCUACUGGUUCUCUCUGGAUUGGUAUUUUUUGAUAUUUUCGCAAUCAUUGGAAAAGAGCAGUAGAUCUCAACUGAUAGAGGAACGUAAAACAAGAAUUAACGAGUACCACACCUACCAUGUUUACAAGAAUGUUUGUUUGGGACUUACACAAGUGGAUCAAAAGAUUUUUGGAUUUUAUUUAACCAUAUGCUUGCUAUAUGCGAAUGAUGAAUUUAAUACUAGAGAAUUUAACUUCCUUCUGUACGGUGCGGGAAAAAUCGAUCGCAUGGAACAAACGGAAAAUCCGAGCCCGGAAUGGAUUUCACAUGUUCAGUGGGACAAUAUCACCGAGCUGGAUAAACUGCCCGGAUUCCGUGGAAUAACUCAAUCAUUGGAAGAGGUGAACGAAGACUGGAAAACUUGGUAUAUGUCGCCGUAUUCCGAACUAGAAAAGUUGCCUGUGAAUUGGGAACGGAAUCUCACCAAAUUUCAGAAAUAUUUGCUUGUUCGUAGUCUCCGACUAGAUAGAUUAGAAUCUUGCUUAAAUGACUUCGUUGGAUGGAAUCUCGGCAGAAAAUACAGCGAUUCGUUCCAUUCGACUGUGAACGAUAUAUUCUCUCAAUCAUCAGCACAGACACCGAUUCUGUUGAUAUCUAGCACACAUGGUAAUCCGUGGUAUGACAUACAAAAACUAGCAUCGAUACAUUUUGAAGAUCCCGAAGAAAACUUGAAAUAUUUAAGCGCCAACACGGAAUCAAUAGAAACCAUCGUCAACCAUUUGAAGAUAUGCGUUAAACAAGCAAAAUGGCUUUAUGUACAUGAUUGUCAUAAAUCGAAACCGUUUUUGUCCCAGUUGAGCCACGUUGUAGCUUUUCUGAGAUCCAUCGAUGCAUCGUCCAAAUUUCGACUAUGGAUGGUUGUUGAUGUCAAUGCAAGCAAUGUUCCUGUACAUGUACUACAAGAGUGCAUCAAAUUCAUGUACGAUGAAUCAGUGGGAAUAAGACAGAGAAUGCAUUCUCUUUACGAAUUAAUUGGAGAGAGUAGAUUCAAAAAGAUAGCCAAAACAAAGCAUCAUAUCCAGCAGAAAAAAAUUCUUUUUUCUUUAGCGUUCUUCCAUUCUUUGCUAAUAGAACGAAAAAAAUUUCAAACACUAGGAUGGAUGAAGCAACAUUUUUUAAGUUUUCUGGAUUUCCAGCUUUCGGAGAAAUUACUGGAUUUUGGUUUGCAAGAAUUAAUGCCAUCAAAUCUUAGCAAGAGAAUCAAUGAGGAAAAUAUCGACGAUGAGCAUGUAGAGUUUGUUGAAACCAUACCUUGGCCGUUUAUUAAGAAUGUAUGCUUGGAAGUUGGGUUUGGUACUCAAAUUACCAACAAAUGGGAUCGAAGAAUAUACGAUGUAUAUACCGAAGAGAUAUUCCGACCACAAAUAGAAACGACCUCUCAAUGUGCCUUGGUGACUAAUGAUGAAUCAUACUUGUAUCCACGUGAUGGAAAUUACCAAUCAUACACCACUUUCAUAACAAAACAAUUGCCGCUCAAUGACGGAACUAACGUGUUCGGACAAAACGAAAAUGCCGCUAUUAAAUAUCUACAAUCGCGAUCGACAUACAUGUUGCAGAUGCUGCGCAGAGUAAACCUUGGAUCUACAGAGGCAGACGAUCGUCAUAGCAUUGUUGGGACUGCGAUAGAUUAUGAGAAAGCAAAACAAACAGUCUUGGAACUGUUAGCUACACUUCCUGUUUACCUGGACCACGAUAACGCGGCAAGAAUUGUAGGGACAAACAGAACACCUGUGAGUGAAUGUCUCUUGUUAGAAAUCUUCUCCUACAAUCAAAUUGUUGAGCUGGCUCGUAAAAAUCUCGAACAAAUAACCCGUGUGUUGUGUGGAGAACAUUGUAUGACUGAUAUUUAUCAAAACUUGGUGGCUCAGAUUCAAAAAAAUCAACUACCUACUGCCUGGGUUGCUUACUCCACAGAUAAAUGUCUAUCGGAUUGGAUACUUGAUUUGAAGGAUAGAGUGGAAUAUUUUAGAAAAUGGUCUGAAACGGGUCAGCUGACCACAGAUAUUUUCUUGGGGCGUUUUAUACGACCAAGACUGUUUCUGGAUAGCGUUCUAAAGCUGCACGCCAAAGCAAGCAAUAUUCCAUUAGUUGAACUCACGUGGGAUGUAUCUGUGUUUACAACGCUGAAGCCGCUGGUUCGACUUCAGAUAACAGAAGGAUUUGUAGCCCGAGGAUUACACUUGGAAAACGCAAGUUGGAAUUUGGAGAAGCAAUGCCUCAGACAACCCAAGAUCUUGGAAAUGCAGUGUCCUAUGCCACCAAUAGCUUUUAAACCUGCACGACAAAAUAAUGUAACGCACAAUCAAAGAACGUAUCAAUGUCCGUGCUUUUAUAACAAUCGUAGACAAGAGCAAGAUUUUGUUAUGGCUAUUCAACUAAACUGCGGAGACUUCGGUAACGAAACAUGGGAAAAAUAUUAUACUGCGCUAUUGCUUACUAACUAG